GGGGAGCUGCUGGAGGGGAGUUUGCUUGGACGGGAGCCCAGGACGGCCUCCUCCUCGGCGCUGGAUGGGGCGGAGCAGCACACAUGCGCUGAGCUGGCAGAGUCACAGUCAGUCAGGGCUGAUCCCUCCGCCCGCUGCGCCCGAGGAGAGGAGAGGAGACACGGACAGGCUCGCGUCCGGGGUGCUGGAGACCCACCUCACCGCUCACUGUCUCCAAGGACAACAUUAAGGCCCCAGGACUGAGGAAAUCGCGAACCCGACACGGAGACACCAUCCGGACACGAAGCUGAAAAGGGGACGUCUCCUCUCCAUCGUCUUUGCGCACGACCACCCAUUAAAAACCCCUCUGGACCAGCGCCGCCAGCAAGCGAUGCACCUUGAUGUCAAGACAACGAUCACUACGAUCCAUUUUUAUUUGUUUGUUUGUUUUCACUGCAUAAUUCUUGAUCUGUCAUUCCAGGGUCGAUAAAAAAAAAACAGUACGGACACUGUUCUUGGUGUUGACACGCAUGCAUUUAACGGGUUUCUGCUUCAUGGGAAUAUUCUCAUGGCCUGAAACUGACAUAAACUAUCGAUCUGUCGCAUUCACUCUGGAUUGAUUGACGCCUUUUCUUCCUCGCAAGUCUUCUCGAACACUGUCAUGUGUGUCCAGACAACAGUCUGAUGCUUUCAGACAGCAGUAGUAGAUUAUUCAACCACUGGUGACAGUGUCUUACAGGUCCUUCUGCAAAAUCUGCUGGGCCUUCCUUAAAAACUGAGUCAUUACUUUGCUAUCCAAAGGAAUUGGAGCACACAUUCCCCCAGGAAAGUUUAAGGUGGAGACCAGUGCCGGGCCAAAAUAUAUCCAGGAGGUUUUACACAAGGUUUCAGGCUCCGGUCCGCAUGCUGUCAUGCUGUCCUUAGAUGAGCCACUGGACCUGAAGGUGCCGAGGGGGCGGGUCGGUGGGCGGGACAGAGGUGCCAUGUCUCCGCCCACUCUCACCCCCUCUCCCAUACAUGCCAAGGGGGCCGGGCAGCUACGGAUGGCAGACGACGGUACCGCAGUCAUCAUUCCAGCGUCUCCAGCCUCCCCACACACAGGUGUCCUGCAGGACAAGUCCGAGACCCCCACACCGCCCGCUGUGGACCUCAGCAUGUCCCCGUCCUCCCGCAACACCGCCUGCUCUCCGGAUCUCUCCAACGGAAACGGCUCAGCUCCCAUUUUCCACGGGGACUCGGCUCAUAUCCGUUACGUGGAGGGAGGGGCCACAUCUCAAGCGUUCCAGUUCUUCGUGCCCAUUGGAGGAGGAGGAGGGCUUCACCUGCCUUCCUCCAUGUUCAUUCGGCAGCCCAAGGACACACGAGCUUCUCCAGACCUCUCCGCAGAUGAACAGCUGGCCUGUCGCUGGAGGAAGUGCCACCUACUUUUUGACUCCUUGCAAGACCUGGUGGAUCAUGUCAACGACUUCCAUGUGAAGCCUGAGAAGGAUUCUGGGUACUGUUGCCACUGGGAGGGGUGUGCACGCAAGGGACGGGGAUUCAACGCCAGGUACAAGAUGCUGAUCCACAUCCGCACUCACACCAAUGAAAAACCUCACCGUUGUCCCACCUGCAACAAGAGCUUCUCCCGACUGGAGAACCUCAAGAUUCACAACCGCUCACACACAGGAGAGAAGCCCUACAUCUGUCCUUAUGAGGGCUGCAACAAGCGCUACUCCAAUUCCAGUGACCGGUUCAAACACACACGCACACACUAUGUGGACAAGCCCUACUACUGCAAGAUGGUGGGCUGCUUGAAACGCUACACGGACCCCAGCUCCUUGAGGAAGCAUAUCAAGGCUCAUGGGCACUUCGUAGCCCAGGAUCAGGGAGGUCCGGGUGGAGUGGGCUCCUUGAUGAAGCCAGGGCAGAUCACUGGGGCGGGGAAAGAGUCUGAGCUGGCUUAUGUCAGCGGGGCCCAUAUCAUCAUUCCUGGUGCUGCCGCUGCUCUUUUGGGUGGUCACAGUCUGCAGGGUCUUGGAGGCUCCCUCCCCUUGUCCCCCCUCAGUCCCCGCCCCUUGGACUUGAGCACGCUGGGCUGCCCAAGCUCCCCUCCAGCUGGGCUUGGGGGGACGCCCAUUUUGUCCUUCAGCGGUUCGCCACUUGGCCUGGCUAAGUCACCCUUGCUGUCUCAUACCUUCUCAUCUUCCACGCUGGGGUUGCCCAUGGUGCCCAUUUUGGGCUCGGAGCGCAGGGACCAUGGCAAGGGAAAGGCCAGGGGCGAGGAAGGCGAGGACGAGAUCCAUGGUGGAGUGCUCAACCUGUCUACGGGAGCAUCCCAUGACCCUCUAUCUUGGGUUGUCAUCCCCUCUGGCCAGGUGGUGCUGAAGCCAGCUGUGGUCAACUGAGCACCACAUUCCAGAAGAACGGCAAAGGGUGGGGGUGGAACAGGGGUCAGAGGUCAGAGGCAAGCCUGUGGGGGGUUUUCAGAAAGCAAAUUCAGUUCUGCUCAGAGGUGACGCCCUCUUCUUCAACUUUUAGUGCUACUUCAGUUCUAAUUUCUACCUUUCAGACAGACACUGCUACCUGUUUAUUGUGGUAAUAAGAACAGUAUCUUGAAACUAAAUUAGCAUUACAGUUCAGAAAGUGGCCAAACAUUCCACUCCAUUUCAUUCUUUCUGGCUUAUCUUAUUACCAGGGGUAUCCAAUCCUGCUUCUGGAGGGCCAUCUUCCUGGAGAGUUUAGCUCCAGUCUGCUCCAACACACCUGCUUAGAAGUUUUGAGUAAUCCUGAAGACCUAGAUUAACUGUUUUAUUAUGGUUGGGGCUAAACCAGGGAUUGGGCAACUAUGGCCCUCGAGGUUCACUGUCCUGCAGAGUUAGUUCCAACCUUAACCAAACACACCUGAACAAACUAAUCGAGGAUUUACACAAAAAAUUACAGGCAGGUGAGUUUGAUCAGGGUUGGAGCUAAUCUCUGCAGGACAGUGGACCUCAAGGGCUAAAGUUGCCCAUCCUUGGUCUAAACCAGAGGUUUCCAAACUCGGUCCUGCAGAGUUUAGCUCCAACCAGCUCCAACACACCAAGUUUCUUGUAUGCCUAGUGAGAUCUUGAUUAGCUGGUUCAGGUGUGUUUAAUUGGAGUUGGAGCUGAACUUUGCAGGACAGUGGCCCUCCAGGACCGGGUUUGGAGACCUCUGGUCUAAACUCUGCAGGAAGGUGGCCCUCCAGAAGCAGGAUUGGACACCCCAAGUCUUAUACACAUGGUUUUCCUUUUAAUGAGAGCACUGAUCUAAACAGCAGACUUGGGAAUCUGUGCCCUUGCUUCAAGAGACAAUUUCUGUGUAUUUAUGUGUAAGAGAAACCUUUGGACGACAGUGUACACAACACACUAAAGACACAAAUGUAUGCUAUUAUUAUUAAGAAACCAACUUUCAAGCCAUUCUGUGCAUUAAGAAAAGACCUCAAAGCUAAGCAAGCUAGAGAUCUUUGAGGCUAAACUCACAUGGGUUUGGUCAGGUUUGCAAAGUGGUGUUGAGGGCGUAGGUCAGACGAGAGCAGCUUGUUUACUUGCCGACAAUCAGCAUCUGUUGUACCCAAUCCUUCUCCUGGAAUGCCACUUUCCUGCAGAGUCUAACUCCAACACACCAGGCUGGAAGAUCUAGUUAUCCUGAAAACAUUGAGUAGCUGGUUCAGGUGUGUUUAAUUAGGGCUAGAGUUAACUCUCCUGCAAGGCGGCCCUCAAGGAGCAGGUUUGUACCCUACUGCUUCAGACUGUCCCAAGUCCCACCUCAGUCAGCAGGCACCCUCUGCAUCCCUUGCAAGUGAACUUCCAUAGCUCAAUGCUACUGCAAGCUAUAAGACAAACCUUGCAUUUGCUGCUAGCUGGUCACUGCAUAGUAAGCAUACAUCUUUGAAUAAAACUAGACAAAGUAUGAACGACAAUCUGUCCUCUGAGGAGGAGGAAAUAGAAAACCUUGGCUAGCUCUAUUUUGUUGAAUAAGAGAAUUGGAGACACAAGGCUCAGACUGACUGAGUUUUAAGGCAUACAAGGGCACAAACUCACCCAGCAGUUAUGCUAACGCCCCAUAGGACAUGGCAUUGUUGUAAAUAGUGCCAUCUUCUGGCCAUCAAUUGUACUGCACACUACUUGCUUUAACGAAGGGCCAGAUUUAACAGUAUUAUCCUGCUUUGCAGUAUACAAGCAUGGCAGGGUAAAACAAAGGACUUUGGCUGAUGCAGUAUUGUGGAAUGUUUAAAAUAACGGUUAUCCACAACCCAAUGAACACACCGACACUUGCAAUACACCAGUUUUGUGUGUAUCACAACAGUUAAGGGCCUCCAAAACUUUGCUUUCACAGUUUGCCCCAUAAUAAUUAUGCUAAAAAUCUGAACGUAUACCUAGAGAUUGAAGUAGGGACUUAAUGAUAAAAUGCAGAAAGCACUAUUCAGGUGGCCAAAAGAUAGCAUUUUUAUUUAAGACCCUUUCAUAUGACCCACAUCAACUUUCUUCGAUGAAUCGAACUCUGUUGAGCAAAGCGUCAAGUUUAUGGUAACUCCUGACGUCAUGUUGCACACACGGUGACGCUCCAAGUACUAAAAAUUUAACACUUGACCCCAUUUGCCUCUGAUUUGCCCCAGUUGCAUGAUGUAUAAUGUGGUACAUCAUAAAAAUGUAAAACUUUAAACUGAUUCUGUACAAAUCUAGAUACAUCAAGUUUGUGUACAACACAAUCUUUAAUGCAUGUCAUGACAUUCAGAAAAUAACCAUCAUAUGUUAGAUAUUCAUAUUCUAUAUGAAUACAUAACAAAAUCAACCUUCUGUGACACUAUCUGCAACGUCAAAGUUGCGUAUGAUGCUUGUUUUGAGAGGUGCAUUGAAGUCCUGAAGUGGGUCAAGUGAGAGACUAAAUAGUCAUUGUCAUCCACCAUUGAUGAUCAACCUGUCGCCAUCAAGACCUCAUUCAGGUUAAAACAACACUCUUGAUUAAGUAUUCUCUCCUGAACUCAGGCACAUGACAGUCUCUGUCCUCUCUGUAAGAGAGAUAACAUAUUUAGAGCAUCCUUCAAUAAUGCCCAUUAUCCCCCUCAUAGAUUGCCAGAAAAAAAAAAAUCAGUUUUAGAGAACAAACGAAUGUAAUGUAAAAACAUUCCGACUGAAAUAAUCACACUUCCUUAAAGCAUGUACCCCACCCUCCUCUCCAAACCAUUUUUACACUCAGUCUUAUUACAUAAUUAUUUUGUUUUAUUGUUUGUGGAAACUAUACAAUUAAUGCUGUUUUGUUUUACUGACUUUUUUUUUUUUUUUGGACGUGACAUUUCCUGAUGUUGAAGUUGCUUUAUUUCUUCGUUUCUGCUAUCGCUACUCUGUGUUCAGCUUUCUCCAGCUGAUGAAUCAAGAGGAACGAGGGAGAAAUGACAGGAGGCGGCGAUAGAAAAGAUUGCAGGAAGGCUUUAAGUCAAAAACCCUCACAUUUAGCCCAUAAUCAUACCAUGACGUUUGAGGUGUAUAUACAUCUGUCCUAUAUAACGGACGUUCAACCAAUCAACGUGUCCGUAAUGCAAUGUCCAACUGAACCUGACCUGAAAAGAGAACUGAAAGGCAGAGCAAUUACUGAGCUAAAGAAAAGAGAAAUGCACAGAGCAAGACAACAAAGCUCUGGUGCUUCCUCAGUCCCCGCAACAAAAAUCUCCAUGUCCUGAUCGUGCGCCAAGCUUCAAAACUAGGCCACUUUGCAGAGCUUUGACAUCAUUGUGCAUUUAGGAGGAAAUGACAUGUAUAUAAACCCUUGCAUCUUUCCAACAAGAUGGAAAUCUCUUUGUCCACCUCCUCCCUCUCCUCAUGUUGUUGGCUGGAGAGAGCUGAUACUGACACAGACCUGUUAAGGUCUACAUCAUUGUUCAAUAUCAGAUAAGCUGUUUGAACCUUUAACCCUUUGAGCACUCUGGAAACGGCCUCAGUGUUUCUCACAGGAGACUCCAAAGGCCUUAAUAAAAUGGUGCGUUCCUGAUGACUCCGAAUUUACUGCAACUAGAGACUUAAGCAAUACGUUUUAUGGCAGGGAUAAAGUCAUAGCUAGAUAUUCAAAUUUAAAUUUUAAAUGCAGUAAAACAAUAAAUAUAUACACGGUACAUAAAUUAAGCACCAUGUUAAAAUAAGUAAAAAAAAUCAGCUCACACUAAAAGUAAAGAAGUUUGUCUGUUCCUAAAAUAAACUAAUAAUAGGACACAAUUCUUGAAGUGACACAGAGAUGCACAAAGGGUUAACAAAAAGACUAUGGCCUGGAAAGGCCAGUAUCCAUUUUUAUUUUUUCCUUUUUUGCACAUUUUGAGAUAUUUUAAUAUCAGUAUUUUAAUUUUUCCAAGUGCCUUUUAUUAUAGUUGAAAUGUAGAUGUAAUACAGUAUAUGAAAAUAAAUAAAUAAAUAAAUAUAUAUAUAUAAAUAAAUAUAUAUUUUUCCCAGCAUCAUGUUCUGAAGCCGAACAUGCAGAAUUUUAGAGCUGUAAAAGUCUCCAGUUGGUACAACAUAGGUGUGUGUGCUCCUGUUUUAGAGGAAUUUUAUUACGAUAUUGAUAAGGAUGUCAAUGAAAAUAAAAGAAACAAAUGUUUAAUAAAUUUGCAUUUGAUAUAUA